CGACGUUCAGUUCAGGUUAUCGUCGGACGUCGCCAAACGACGUUGGUUCAGUCUUCAGUAACAGUUCUCCUUACUUGGUCACGUCGUAAGCAUAUACGUCCGUGUUUUAAACUCGUUUGACGCUUCUAUUUCGCAACUCCGCAAACCCGUUUCUAUGGAGGCCAACUCGAAGCUCUCUCCCGACGACAAGGAGGCAUCUGAGAUGCUGGUUGACCAGUCCAACGCCAAAAUAGACAUCCUCCUCCAGGAAGGGCCCCAAAACAACGGGGACACGGUCAUCAGCAUCGCCGAAGUGAGCCAGGCUUUCGUCGGCAUGGGCAAGGAGGAGCUGAUGAAAUUCGCCAACGACCCGUUUUGGGUGAAGCUGCGUUGGUUCCUGUUCGCCUUGUUCUGGCUCAUGUGGCUCGGGAUGCUCGCCGGGGCAGUCGCAAUCAUCUUCUUCGCCCCCAAGUGUUCUCCGCCUGUCCAGGAGCCCCUAGGCGACCAGGCACUCUACCAGGUCGACCUGGGAGACUAUUACGACCAAAAGGAAAACCCGAUCAAAGCAUUUGAAAAUAAAGUUCAUUAUUUGGAGGAGCUUGGCGUUACAUCGGUUCUAUUUAACUCGCUCAUGAAAUCGUCUGAAGAAGGGCUUGAUCAUGUUGUCGACUUCAAACAACUCCAUCCGGAGCUUGGCACACUCGACCAGCUUAAAAACCUCUUGACCAUGUUGAAGGAAAAAGGUAUGCACACAUUUUUGAAAGUAGUGCCUAAUUUUUCGAGUAUUCAUCAUGAAUGGUUCAACAAGUCCGUGUCCAAUAUUCCACCAUUUAAUGAUUAUUACGUGUGGAAAGAAGGGAAGACUUCUGAUGAUCCACCAAACAACUGGUUGAGUGUAACUGGCGGCAAGGCAUGGACGUGGAACAAUGAAAGACAAUUAUUUUAUUUACACCAGUUCAAGGAGACACAACCAGAUUUGAAUUUCCGUAACAAAGAUGUUGUUAAUUAUUUCAAGGAUGUUUUCAAGAAUUGGUUGGAUGUUGGAUUUGAUGGAAUUCAUGUUGACAAAGUCGAAUAUCUGUUUGAAGAUGAACAAUUAGAAGAUGAAUAUAUAGAUCAUACUGUACAGAAUAAAAUACAUGAUGAUUAUUUAUUUUGGACACACUUAAAGACGACAUAUCUUGAUGAAAGUAUCGAAUGUCUUAAAGAGUGGAGUGAAACUAUUAGAAACGCUUCCGGAUUAGUAUCUGCAACUGGUGUAAUGGAGAAUAAUGACGCAAAUGUUGAUCUUGCUUAUUUACCAUUCACUGGUUCAUCAGAGCCUGUAGAAAUAAUUCAGCAUUUGCAAAAUUACAUCAACCACAACCUUGAAAGACAAAAUAAGACUUGGUUGUGGGAAAUCGAUGGAUUGGGUGAAGAAGAAGCGUUUGCUAUGGAUGCAUUAAUGUUGCUUCUUCCUGGGUCGACGAUGCUCAAUAACGGAAGGGAGUUAAAUCUAAAAAAUCUCACAUCCCUCUCUGUUAAUGAAGAAGCCUCUUCGGCUGAACAUAAUGAAACAGUUAUGAAAGUGGAUUUAUUAGAAUAUUAUAAAGAGAUGAUAAACGUUAAGAAGUCGUUAACACCGACAGAGUAUAAAACAAAACUUGGAUAUACGGAGAACCUUCUUCUUUUAGCAAGGUUGAAUGAAAAAUCAGAGGGUUAUGUUUUCCUGUCUGAUAUCGGCGAAGGUGAGGGUGUCACCCUGUCUGCCAACUACCCAAAUGUGAACAAUUUUGUUCCCAUCUUAUAUUCCACGUACUUCAAGAGGAAUAACCCAGAUUUAUUUGCUGACAAGAAGAACGGUAGUGUAACCCAUGUUUCAAUGUCGCCUUACUCAUACGUACUUUUUAAAUGCAAUUAAACAAAGCGUAGAUAAUAAUGUGGUGAAUUCCACAAAUGACAGAUUGGAUCUCCUCGAUUAUCCUUUUCUUGGCUUUUGACUUUUCCUUGAUUUGACCUUUUUUAUUAUUUAAAUCGCUUGUUUCCUUUGUUUAUAAGCAUUUUUAUAUUUUUGCAACACUUACAACUUGUACUAGUAUUUACUACCCUUUGUGACAAUAAUAAAAAAGUUGUUACUGCAUUAAAAAA